GGUAGCCAUCUGGUGUCAGGAAGCAGUGCAGAGAGGUCGAUGUAGUUAACAAAUAUCCUUUUCACUUCAAAUCAAAAUUUGCAUGAAAUUGAUUUGGAGGAUCCUUUGAUGAAACGAUGGUUAUAAUGUAACGACAAGAAAAUGGUUUGACAGUUCCGUUUCUAGCCUUUGAAAUGCACAGGCUUGUGCCGUGGAAAAUAAUGUAAAUAGGUUUAGUCUAAAUUGUGAUUGUGGAUCAGGCUGAACCGUCAAUGGAUUAAUUAAUAGAACGGAACAGAACGCUUGAAUGGGCGAAUUUUAAUACAGUCAGUGUCAGUGUGAAUAUUAAAAGAUGGAAGUCAUCCGCCCCCUGUUUUUUCUUACCUUGCUUGGACUAGGAUUACUUAUACUUCAACAAAUUCAAUUAUUUCUUCUGGAAGUCUACAUCAAGCAUCAAUAUAAUGUUAAUAAUAGACUUGUCACUGUAUCAUUCCACCGUUCAUCAGUAAUCAACGUUGUAGGUGACAAAUUUAUAGGCGUAGCUUUAGGUUGUGGUCUAAUCAAACGUAAAUUCAAACAUUUUGAUUUUGGGUCCCAAAAAAUGCUGACCCUGGCCAGAGGACUAGCUCCGUCAUAUAUACGUGUUGGAGGUACCGAUUGUGAUUUCCUGAUCUUUAAUAUGACUGAAGACAGAACCCUCAGGUAUAAACCACAAGCACAAUAUGUUGUCGAAGAUGAAUUAGACAAAACCGGGAUUAAUUUUACUAUGACGCCUGAAGACUGGGACAAAUUAAAUCUGUUUACACAGGAUGUUGGUUGGAGUCUGAUUUUUGAUUUUAAUGUUUUUCUACGUAAAAAUGGCCAAUGGGACCCAACUAAUGCGAAGGAACUUCUAAGAUACACAGUACUUAAAGGCUACAAACCUGCUGGUUACGAAUUAGGAAAUGAACCAAAUUCCUUCUACCACAAUUUCCAUUUCCGUAUUCCUGGCGACCUCAUGGCUACCUAUUUUAAAACCCUUCAAAGUAUGCUUGACAGUUUUCCACAGCUUGGAACCCCGAUUAUUAUUGGGCCAGAUACCACACAAGUGCAAAGGAAAUCAGCAAGAGAAUACCUAACAUUAUUUUUGUCGGCUGGAGGUGGUAAAUCUGUUGACGUAGCAACAUUUCAUCAUUAUUAUUUGGACAGUAAAACGGCGACAGUUGAACAGUUUCACGAUCCUACCAUUCUGGAUUCGUUAACACCUGAAAUUAUAACAGCCGUUAAUAUUGUUCGACAAAAUGCCCCUGGUAAACAAUGUUGGCUGGGUGAAACGUCUUCAGCAUAUGGCGGUGGUGCUCUGGGAAUAUCUGAUAGAUAUGUAGCAGGCUUUCUGUGGUUAGAUAAGUUGGGAUUAUCAGCUCUACACGGAUUACAAGGUGUACUACGUCAGACUUUCUAUGGUAAUCGUUACGGUCUAAUUGAUGUGGAUUUAAAUCCUAAUCCAGAUUACUGGUUAACUUUAUUAUAUAAACGAUUGGUUGGAGGCCGAGUGUUGAGUCUAGGUCAAGAAUCAAACCCUAAUUUACGAGUUUAUGCUCACUGUGCUAAUAAUAAUAGUUCAAUGGGUUAUAGUAAAGGUGAUAUAACAGUAUAUGUGAUAAAUCUAAGUAAUGAUGUAAUUACCGUUAAUAUAACUGGUAUUCCUGUUUCUACUAGACAUCUAUAUAUAUUAUCACCUGGUGAUGACAGUGGGCUCACGUCACGAUAUGUCAAACUAAAUGGUGAAGUUUUAAUGUUGCCUAAUGAUGAGGAACUUCCAACAUUAAAACCAAAGAUUCAAGAAGGAAAUGUUCUACUACAAGGCUACAAUAUGGGUUUUAUUGUUAUUCCUGGGGCCAGGAAACACGAUUGUUUAUAGAUAGACCUAUGUUUAUUGUUAUUCCUGGGGCCAGGAAACACGAUUGUUUAUAGAUAGGCCUAUGUUUAAAGGUCAUCGAAAAAGCUUUAUAAAUUUUUUAAAUAAUGCAAGGAAUUAUGUAGCAGGUAACAUUGACAUUUGGGAUCAUGUUAUACUUAUGGCAGUGGUUCUCAACCUUUUUUUGCCAACGGCACACCAUGGAACACAUGAAAAAAUAGCGGCACACUUGGCUAAAUAUAUAUGAAAAAUGUUUGAAUUGUUGCAAAAUAAAAACAUGGCAAGUCAUAGACGGCAUAUAACCGUAGACUAGUCAUAGACACAUAGAAUGACUCAAACUAAAUAAAGAACAAAAAGCUAUGAACAUACCAGUAGACACCAGUGAAUACUCAAUUGGGAUCACAUGGGUUUUCACAUUUUCUUAGAGUGCCGUUCAAAAUUUCGCGGCACACUGGUUAAGAAAAACUGACUUAUGGAAAGGAUAUGUUGACAUAAUUACUUGCAUUAUUUAAAAAAUUUAUGAAGCUUUUCUGGUGACCUUUAAAAAUAUAAAUGGUUGAAUACAUAUCAAUCCUGAGGUCAACUUUAUAAAUCUGCUGAGCAUCAUUAGAGGGAUUUUGAAUUAGGGAAAUAUCAAUCAUAAAAUGGUUUCAUUCGGCACACUUCGGUCGUCUGCGGUACCCUACAUUUAACCUCAAUGUCGAACUGAAAUGAAAUGGAGUUUAACGUCCUACUGUUCUGCUCAGACUGGGCUAAUGAAGAUGGGCAUACACCAUACCGUGUGCAAUGAGGGAAAUUGGGCCGGGCAGUGGUACCAUGGCCUCCUCUUAUAUCGAAUUCCAACUACCAAGGGAUUAAAAAUGGCGGCGCCCAUGAAGAUGCCUGUGAAGAGUGUUUUAUCUCAAGAAAAUGUAUACAUCAUACAAAGCUUUCGAUGUCUGCAGCUGUUUUUCUUUCAAGUUUAUCCGGACAAUGGAAUUUUGUGAACUACUUUCUGAAAGCAGCAAGUUUUCCUAAUAAGUAAAACGGUAGCCGCAUCACAAUUCUAUGGGUGUAACUACAUAUCACUUACCGUCAUACAGCCAAGGUUAGAUGUAGCUGUACCAGAGUCUGUCGAGGUUUGUCGAAUGAAAAUUGUUCAAUUCCAAUUAUAUUUAAAAAACUAUGAUGAACUAAAAAUUUCGCAACAUUCUUCAUCCUCAGUAGACGAUAUAAAUGAUCCAGCGGUACAUAUAAGAAAAGAAAUGAAAUGGGGUUUAACGUCCUACUGUUCUGCUCUGAACUGGGCUAAGGAAGACGGGCGUACGCCAUACAGUGUGAUAUGAGGGAAAUUUUUCAUGGGCAACGGCGCUAUGACCUACACUUAUAUCAAAUUCCAACUGCUAAGGGAUCUUUAACAUGCACGUCAAAAUGUACACGGGACCUCGGUUUUUUGUCCCAUCCGAACGACUAGACAGCUGUCCUUGUCAGGCCCUCUGUCCUGCAUCACUAACUAGGGAAAAUCACGCUGUAAAAAAUCUGGAUGAACUUUCUCGGCCAAUGCAGGGUUUGAACACGACCUCCAAGCUAGCGAGCUAGCUUCCUACCCACUUAGCCACCAUGGCCCCCGCGCCACAUAUAACUGGUGUGUAUGUUUUAAUGGGCCUUUGUUUAACCCUGGGGGUUGAAUGGACAAAGGAUUAGGGCUUGAAUGUUGUAUCAUAAGGUCUGUCAUUGAAUCACCUGGCGUGAUUUUGAUUCAUCGGUUGUACUUGACAAGGAGUAAGGUUGCCUGUCCAACCUCGUGGGUUUUUCCCCCCAAAGACCUCUGGUUUCCUCCCACUGCUAAAGACACAUACGCGCAAGUGAAUUAUCGAAAUAAAAUGUGAACCAUAUGUUAGUCCCGAAAUGACCUUGUUUGUGUCAUUGAUGUUAAGCUUCAUUUCUCUCUCCCUUGUUUAACCUUAUUAAAUCCCAGCUAGAAUAUUAUGUUAUGUUGAUAUUUUGAUAGGCUAUCAAAUUGGACCUAUCGUCUCUGAAAAUUAUGAAUGGCAAUCAAUGAAUAUGUUUUUAUUAUGAGGGGACAUUUACAUUUUUAGAAUAUUAUUUAUGCAUUUAUUUAGUUUUAAAUUAUUUUCAACUGGGAAAAAAUCGAGGUGCAAAUCAUGGUUCACGCAACCUCAUCUGUGGUUUCAGUAAUAAUGUCAUUGUACCGAGAUGGACAAAAUACAACGGUAAGAUGCAUAGUGUGUAGAACUGAUCUCUGAGUAUUUACUAACUGGGGUUUGUGUUAGAAUAUCCUCAAAUCAAGUAGAAUAAGUUAAUGGGUUAAUACUUGCACUGUUGUUCAAUAUUCCUAUGCAUUUAACCGUGAUAGUAACACUGUGAUUUAAAUUGUCUAUUGUUGCUAUUGUCUAUGGUUACAUAGUAUUUAUGUAACUAACAGAAUACAUGUAUACACGUUUGUAUAUGGUUACACUGGUAUAUAGGUGUAGCCAGAUUACAUAACUCAUCUCUUGAAAAUCAUUUCACCUAGCUCUUUAUAUUAUAAAUUUGUAUUGAAUUUUUAUCAGAUUCUACCCUUAUAAGACGGGUGGGGGGGGGGUGUGUGUUUGUGGACGGCUGAAUGGUUAGCUUGUGCGAGCUGUUUCAUAAAGUCUGUCAUUGAGUCAACUGGCGUGGUUUUGAUUCCCCGGUUGUAAGUGACAAGGAGUAGGGUCGCCUGUCCAACCUCGUGGGUUUUCUCCGGGUCCUCCGGUUUCCUCCCACUGCUAAAUACCCCUACGCGCAAGCGAAUUAUUGAAAUAAAAUUAAAACCAUGUUAGUCCCGAAAUGACCUAGUUUGUGUCGAGUGGACGUUAAACCCCAUUUCUCUCUCUCUCUC